CCGCGCACAGAUGUUUGUAGUUUUAUAAGCGUUAAUAAGGUCGCAGCCAGGGGAUUAUCGAUUACGUAACACUGCUGGGCUGGUCAGGCCGUGUCGUAGUCGGUUUCAGUACGAUAUUCCGCCCUCCAGAGAUGCAUUAACUUUCUACAAUGCCGAGGUCGACUCCAAUGCAAUCACUGUACCACCCAGACAAGCAAUCAUUGAAUCAACAUCUCAUCAACCCAACACCGUUUGAUCACAGGGUUGUCUUUCUUUGACCCCCUCCACCAUGGACGGCCCCUCACACGGGUCUAACGGCCACCCGGCGGACGAUGGUCAGUUCCACCCUGGCCUGUCCACCAUUGACGAGAACAAGGUCACGUGUUUCUCUGACGAGGACGAACCGCUGCAGUACCCCAGGAUCACCAACAAAAUUCUCUCCUCCGUUGACGAGUCGUUUCUCUACUCCAGUCUUGGGAAUUUAGCCGAACCGGAAGUCGGCCAUAGAAGACGCGCCGCCACCAUGCAGAACAUUCACGAGAAAGCGAGUUUUUUAAACUUGACUAGCGAGUCGCACUUGGGGAAGGUUUUCCAGAAGGCGUUGAUUUAUCUAAAAACGGAUAUGACCUUUGGAUCGAUUUCCGGGUUAAAUACGGCCGUGGUGGAUCAGAAUUAUGAUAAAAAGAUUCUCUUACCAGAAAGCUCUUCAACUGACGUCAUAGCCAGCGGGAAAUAUACAAAAAAUUUGCUAGUGGUUGGGCUGACGACGACGCUCCUGUUCAUCGCGUUGGGUUCGGUUCGGAAUUUACAGAGUAGUAUGAACCAUGAAGACGGCGUGGGCGUCAUCUCUACGGCUGUCAGUUUUGUGGGGUACAUGGUGGGGAGCGUCUUCAGCCUCUCCCUGGUGCAGAUCUUCCAGCCCCGGAGCUGCAUGAUCGCCGGGAUCGUCCCGCAUUUUGUCUACGUGGCGGCCAACGUCUACCCCGCCAUGUGGCUCAUGGUGCCCGUGUCAAUGUGCCAGGGCGUCGGCCUGGCCGUGUUCUGGAACUCCCUGAGCACCUACGUCACGCUUCUCGCGAGAGGUCGCGCCAAAGAGCAGAACGAGGUUUUCUCCGUCGUUUCGGCAAGAUAUUUCGGUAUCUUUGGUCUUUUCUUCCAGGCUUACUUCAUCAUCGGGAAUCUCAUCUCCUCGCUUGUUUUAUCAUCCGGGACCCCCUCGCCCGAUCUUAUCCUUCUACCCGAUCUGUUAAAUUCAAGUUCAAUAAAUAUAACAAACUCUCUACCCCAUCACAUUACAAGUUCUUUCAUGACAUUACAUGAGAAUCUCUCAUUGAACGCAUCAGAUGACUACACGUCAGAACCCGCCCAUAUUCAGUCGUGUGGUAGUAGCUUCAUGCCACACGACGACCUCGGCGGCACCUCCUUCCACAUCGACGCCCACACUAAAUACCUUCUCCUGGGCAUCUACAUGGCCUCCGUCUUAGCCUCCAUGGCGCUGGCCGUCGUCUGCCUAGAAAAACUCAACCCCCGCCUGCUCGAGUCCCCCAUCUCCCGCCUGGAGCGGGUCAAGACGCAGCUCACGUCUCUGGUCAAGUUCAGCACGCGGGUUCGGUUCCUGCUGCUUUUGCCGCUGAUGGUGUUCUCGUUUAUGGAAGUUGGUUUCGUCACUGCCGACUUCACCAAGGCCUACGUGACGUGCGCCCUUGGUAUUCACAUGGUCGGCUACACCAUGAUCUGCCUGGGGGUGUGCGGGAGCCUCAGCGCCUACCUCAGUGGUCUACUCACCCAGCUGGUGGGGCGUGUCCCGCAGAUUUUAUUUGCUGUCAGUCUGAACCUCGGUGUCCUUGUCCACAUGAUCUACUGGAAGCCCUCUCCCGAUUGGCUAGUGCCAUUUUUUGUUGACCUUGGCCUCUGGGGAAUCAGCGAUGGAAUCUGGGUCAGCCAAGUUAACAGUCUGCUGAGCGUCGUGUUCCCCAACCACUACGAAGAGGCCUUCGCCUUCCUGAGGAUCGCCCAGGGUCUGGGCAGCGCCAUGGCCUUUGGCUACUCCAACGUGCUGGGGAUGAUGUCCAAGAUCUACAUCACUGGCUCCAUCUGCCUCGCCGGCGUCACGGGCUACCUCAUCAUGGAGUGGAGGCUGCGUCGCUCGGACAAAAAGAGCUCCGGCAUUUUGAGAGAGACGACCAUUUAGUUUCAUAUUUCUCUCGUUUAAUUUUAGAUGAUUCCUAGUUUUAAGAAAGCUGUCAUUAGAGCAGUUUGAAAGAGACGACCAUUUAGUUUCAUAUUUCUCUCGUUUAAUUUCAUACGAUUCCUAGUUUUUUAGAAAGCAGUCAUUAGAGCAGUUUGAAAGAGACGACCAUUUAGUUUCAUAUUUCUCUCGUUUAAUUAUAAAUUAUUCCUAGUUUUUAGAAAGCUGCGAUUAGCCUCAGUACAAAAGCAUCAGCAGUUUGAAAGAAAUGACUAUUGAAAAGUCUGAUAUUUUUAUCGUUUAAUUUCAAAUUAUUCCUAGUUUUAAGAAAAGCUUUUGUGAUUAUUAUUCUUUAGGGAUCAUUUAUUUAACUUUUAUGGAUGAGGGAGUGUUCAUUGUAUUAAUACAUUUUAAAAAUAAUGUUCCUUCUAUAUCCAAAUUAAGCUAUUUGUACAUAAUAAUAUCAUAGUUUGUACAGUAAGGUUAACUACAAUGCAAUCUACAUGGAUACUUAUUUUAAUGAUAUUAACAAAGCUGUACAAUUUUUCUUAAACAUGUUCAUUAAGUUACCGUUUUAAUUUGAUUUUAGUCUGUGGUAGUGUGUAGGACAGUUUGUUGGCUUGAAUGUUUUAACAAUUUUUUUUUAUAGAUCUUAUGGAGUGUCAAAAUAACACUGUAUGGUGCCUGUUUUACAUUUGUUUAGGUGGGAUUAUUUUUGCCCUUUUGUUUGCAUAAGAAUUGGUACUUAAGUGUUUUUACAAUUUGAAGAACAUGACAAAUAAAUGACAUGACAUAAGUGACGUCACGCAUAUGACUCAACUAAAAUUUUUGUGACAUUAUUUACACACAACCUCCCCCCUACCUCCCUCCCAACCAAUCGUAACGUUUGGAAUAUAUCAUGUUUUAAAAUAUUUAAAAUAAUUUUUUAGGUUACAUGUUUAUGUUGAACAUCAUCCAAAUUUUUUUUUUUAAAUGGAUUCUAUGGUCUUGUUAAAAUAAUGACAUUCCCGCUGUCUCUGUUGUCAUAUUCAGCUUACAACCAC